ACUCACCGUGAUUGGACAUCGAUUAGCUAAGACCCGCCUAUUGCCAACAUUAGUCGUUAGCAUUGGGUAGCAAUCCUAGUUUAACAAUAUCCUUCAAGGCUAGAGCACAGGGACAAGAUGGCAUUACUUGAAAGCUGCGUUCGUUCUGGGAUGAAUGUUUUUGCUGUGGUCUUGCGGAGGCAGUUCCACAAAACAGCGCCUGCUUUAGUGCAGGUGACUGUUCGGGAUGCUCUGACCCAGGCUAUGGACGAGGAGCUGGAGAGAGAUGAGCGAGUGUUUCUGCUGGGGGAGGAGGUGGCACAGUACGAUGGUGCAUACAAGGUCAGUCGAGGACUAUGGAAGAAAUAUGGAGAUAAGCGAAUCAUUGACACUCCUAUUGCAGAGAUGGGCUUUGCUGGAAUUGCAGUCGGUUCUGCUAUGGCUGGCUUGAGGCCGAUUUGUGAGUUCAUGACUUUCAAUUUCUCCAUGCAAGCCAUUGACCAGAUUAUAAACUCUGCUGCCAAGACAUACUACAUGUCUGCUGGGCUGCAAUCCGUCCCCAUCGUGUUCCGAGGCCCCAAUGGCCACUCUGCUGGAGUGGCAGCCCAGCAUUCCCAGUGCUUUGCAGCCUGGUAUGGGCACUGCCCUGGGCUCAAGGUGCUCAGCCCCUGGAGCGCCGAAGAUGCUAAAGGGCUCCUCAAAGCUGCCAUCAGAGAUGACAACCCAGUUGUGUUUCUUGAAAACGAGCUGUUGUACGGCGUUGCCUUUGAGGUCUCAGAAGAAGCUCAGUCCAAAGACUUUGUUGUCCCCAUUGGAAAGGCAAAGGUAGAGAGGCAAGGAACUCGCAUUACCCUGGUCUCCCACUCCAGGUAUGUGGGGCACUGUCUGGAUGCAGCAGCGGUUCUGGCUGAAGAAGGCAUUGAGUGUGAGGUCAUCAAUCUCCGCAGUAUCCGGCCCCUGGACAUGGAGACGAUCGAGAGCAGCGUGGCGAAGACCAAUCACCUGGUCACCGUGGAGGGGGGGUGGCCACAGUUUGGCGUUGGCGCGGAAAUCUGUGCCAGGAUCAUGGAAGGCCCAGCCUUUAACUAUCUGGAUGCACCAGUGAUCCGGGUGACUGGUGUAGACAUCCCCAUGCCUUACGCGAAGAUCCUUGAAGACAACAGUGUACCUCAGAUAAAAGACAUUAUUUUUUCAGUGAAAAAGUCAUUGAAUAUCUAAGUUCUUAGGCUAGUCAGUCUUCACAUUCUGUUGUAUUCAUUGCUGAUAUGUUGGGUCUUUUUAAAAGAUGACAAUUUCCCAUGCCAUGUUAUUUAAUCGGCAAACAGGACAGGCUGGCAAUAAAGAACAUAUUUGUGAUAGUAGAGAGGUUUCAAAGAAAUGGAUAUUGUUGCUGUUUAUUGGUCAUUUGUAGAGUUCUGUGGAAUCUGUACUCCAUUUAAACGCCAUAACAUAAUACAAAUGUUAAUACUUUUUUUGAAAAAUUAAAACUAUUGUAAGCCCCCAUA